GGCACGCUUUCAAAGGUGUUUCAGGAUGAGCGAGAGUGAUGCUCUUUUCGAUGACGUAUAUGAGCUUCAUGAAAUUAUUGGAAAAGGGCCUUUCAGCGUUAUACGACGAUGUACACGUAGAGAUACUGGUACUGAGUAUGCAGUUAAAAUAGUUGAUGUUGUAAAGUUUACAAGUAGUCCAGGACUUUCUACAGCAGAUUUGAAACGUGAAGCGAGUAUUUGCCACUUAUUGAAGCAUCCACAUAUUGUUGAAUUAGUAGAAACUUACAGUAGUGAUGGAAUGUUAUACAUGAUAUUUGAAUAUAUGAAAGGUGCUGAUUUGGCAUUUGAAAUUGUGAAACGUGCAACAGCUGGCUUUGUUUAUAGUGAAGCAGUGGCAAGUCAUUAUCUACGACAAAUUCUAGAAGCUAUACAUUAUUGUCAUGAGAAUAAUAUUAUUCAUCGUGAUUUAAAACCACAUUGUGUUGUCUUAGCAAGUAAAGAGAAUUCAGCACCUGUAAAACUUGGCGGUUUCGGUCUAGCCAUACAUCUAAAUUUGGAUACAAAUCAAGUGAAUGGAGAUUCACCGAUAACGGUUGAUCAAGAAAUUUUUGUUUCUCUACGUUCUGAUCAGUGUGGUCGCAUUGGAACUCCACAUUAUAUGGCUCCUGAAAUGAUUCGUCAUGAACCAUAUGGAAAAGCUGUAGAUGCAUGGAGUUGUGGUGUUUUAUUGUUUCUUCUACUUAGUGGUUCUUUACCGUUUUAUGGAACACGAGAUGUUUUAUUUACACAAAUAGUCUCUGGACGUUACCACCGUCAACCUCAAGUAUGGAAUAUGAUAUCACCGGAAGCAAGAGAUUUAGUAUCACGUUUAUUAGAAGUGGAUCCAACACAGAGAUUAACAAUUGAAGAAGCUUUACGUCAUCCAUGGAUUAGUCAAAAAGCUCGUGCAUCUAAAACACAUCUACAUGAAACAGUUGAAGAAAUGAGACGUUUUAAUGCUAGGCGCAAACUUAAGGGAGCUAUUCUAGCUGCCGUUUCAAGUACAAAAUGGGCAAGCUUCUACACUGAGCCGAACAUUCUCUCUGAUGACGAUAUUUUAGAUGAAGAUGAUGAAGUCACAUCAGCUGCUGUUAGUGCUGUAUUAGACAGUUUUGAAGAGAUGCAAUGUCUUACAGAAUGUUUUGAAAAAGAUUCUGAUCUAUUUCAACCAGUAUUUGAAGAUGAACAUUUACAUUGUUUAUUAGAGCUCUAUGAUCAUAUUAACACACAUUCACCAGGCAGUGAUUUUCAUGUUCCUGCUGAUGCAACAGAAAUUUGGGCUAAAAUAUUAACAGAAUUAUCCGUAUUGAAUAAGACAGAAAUGAUGUCAACUGUUGAAGAAUUAAAAUUUUAUAUGAAACAACCUCACUUUCGUGCAUUAUUACAAACGUAUGAUGUAAUAGCUCAAGAAGUUUAUGGCCCUGAAGCUAUUCGUGUCACUCCACCACCAUUGUCAUCAUUUUUAAAUGGUGAUGAAGAUGAUCAUAUGGAAUCAGAUACAGAUCAACCACAAGUAACACGUGUACGUUUGGUACAAUUUCAAAAGAAUACAGAUGAACCAAUGGGUAUUACAUUAAAGCUAAAUGAAGAGAAUAAGUGUAUUGUUGCAAGGAUUCUACAUGGUGGAAUGAUACAUCGACAAGGUACUUUACAUGUUGGAGAUGAGCUACGUGAGAUUAAUAAUGAACCGGUAGCUGGUCGAUCUGUUGAACAUCUACAACGUUUAUUGCGUAAUGCUCGUGGAAAUGUGAGUUUGAAAAUUAUUCCCAGUUAUAGAACACAUCCAUUACAAUGUGAAAUCUAUGUUCGUGCAAUGUUUGAUUAUAGUCCUGAAAAUGAUGAUUUAAUACCAUGUAGUCAAGCUGGUAUACAUUUUCAUGUUGGAGAUAUAUUACAAAUUAUUAGUAAAGAUGAUCAUAAUUGGUGGCAAGCUCGUUUAUGGGGUUCGGAUUGUCAAGCACCAGCGGGUUUAAUUCCUAGUCCAGAAUUACAAGAAUGGCGUAUGGCAAAUAAAGCAGCUGAAUUAUCACGUGAAAUGGGUAUUACACAUUGUGGUGCAUGGUUUAAACGUCGUAAACGUCAUUUUAAAGAUAAAUACAAAAAUAAACAUUCAGCUAUUUAUGAUCAAUUAGAUUUAGUUACUUAUGAAGAAGUUGUCAGAUUACCACAAUUUCGUCGUAGAACAUUAGUAUUACUUGGUGCACAUGGUGUUGGACGACGUCAUAUUAAAAAUUGUUUAAUUCAAUCAUCACCGGAUAAAUUUGCAUAUCCUAUUCCUCAUACAACUCGUACACCACGUAAAGAUGAAGUGAAUGGAAAAAAUUAUUACUUUAUUUCACAUGAUGAAAUGAUACGUGAUAUUGCUAAUAAUGAAUACUUAGAAUAUGGUUCACAUGAAGGAGCAAUGUAUGGUACAAAAUUGGAUACAAUAAGACAAAUACAUGCAACUAGUUUAAUUGCUAUAUUGGAUGUUGAACCACAAGCAUUGAAAAUAUUACGUACUGCUGAAUUUGCUCCAUGUAUUGUAUUCAUUGCAGCUCCAACUCUCACUAAUAUCACUAAUGGACAGAAUAAUAACAAUAAUAAUAACAAUAAUGGUAAUGAUAAUGAUGAAAGUCUUGAAAGAUUAACACGUGAAAGCGCAUUAUUAGAACAACAUUAUAGUCAUUUUUUCGACUUAAAAAUUAUUAACAAUGAUAUUGAAGAAACAAUUACUCAACUUAAACGUGUAAUAGAUGACUUUCAAAUUACUCCACAAUGGAUACCAGUUACAUGGGUCUAUUAAGUAUGAUUCAUUUAAUCAUGAUUAUACAAUGUUGUGAAUAAUGUUACAAUUGGACGAAAUGGUUUUGUUUCUUUCAACUUCUCAUUGUUCUUAUUAUCAAUUGGAUGGUUACUUUUCAUAGAAUGUGCUUUCUUCUUUAUAAAUUCUUCUUUUCUCUCUCUCCCC